AUGUCGAGCACGACGACGCCUGCGGGCGCAUCCGCCCUACUCGACGGUCCACCCUCGGGCCACUCCACACCCGCCUCGUACACCUCGUCCACCCACCCGCAACCUUCCUCCGCCCACCCGCACACCCACGGAACGUCCACCCCAACGUCAACAGCCUCGCUGGACCCGUCCAACGUCACCUCGCAUCCGACAUACACCGCCAUGUUCCCAGACCCGGACCUGCCCAUCGCCAACAUCUCCCGCAUCAUGAAGCGCUCCCUGCCCGACAACGCAAAAAUCGCAAAGGACGCAAAGGAGUGCGUCCAGGACUGCGUCUCGGAGCUCAUCAGCUUCAUCACCAGCGAGGCCUCCGACAAGUGCGCCGCCGAGAAGAGGAAGACCAUCAAUGGCGACGAUAUCCUGUACGCCAUGCGCGUGCUCGGGUUCGACAACUACGAGGAGGUCUUGAGGGUGUAUCUGAGCAGAUACAGGAUGGACCAGGAGAACAACCCCAAGGCACGCAAGCGGACUGCCACCGGACAGGGCAGUAGGCCACAGGGCGAGGACGACGAGGAUGAGGACGAAGACGAGGACGACGAGGACGAAAGCGCAAGGGUCGAUGCACGCUCAAACGUCAACAGCCCAAGCCUGCUCAACCACCACCACUCGUCGGCCCUUUGA